AUGGUAGUAACAAGGUCACAACAACACGCACUUGACGAUCAAAAGCGACAACAGUAUUUAGAAGAAGUGAAGCGACUUGGUGAUAUCGAAAUCGAACAACUUACGGAAAUAUUGAUUGUUCGUCGUCCGUUACAAUUUGGAAUGGCAGAAAAGACAUUGGCAUCACGCAUUAGCAAACAGUUGGAUCAAUUGCCAAUAUUUAGUGGCAAAUUGAACGAAAAUGUGACCAAGUGGCUGAAGGAUGUUACGAACGAAUUAAAUUUGGUGAAGUUCGAUGAUAGCCAAAAACUGGGUGUUAUUCAAACAUAUUUGGCUGAUGAUGCAAGAAAAUGGUUCAUUAAUAACAUGAGAACAUUAGAUACAUGGUCCGAAUUUAAUGAAGCAAUUCAGAGAACGUACGCAUCAACGUUUGCAAACGAAGUAGCCAUUAGCCAACUAGGUCAACGUCAUCAAGGCUUCGAUGAGACUGUCAUGCACUAUUACAACGACAUGAUGGAAUUAUUUGAUGUUAUCGACAAUCGAAUGAGCGACUCAUUGAAGGUCAGCUAUCUAAAAAGUGGAUUAAAAUUGUCAUUGAAGAAGGAAGUGUCAAGAAAAAAUCCACAAACACCAUCUUAG